AUGAAUCCUUGGAUCCGACAACUAGCACCACAAUACCCUCUAAUGGUUGACAAUAAUAAUAACAACACAUCGAAUAAUCCAGGGGCAAACAAUUCAGGCGGUGUUUUGGUCAACGAAAAUAACGGAUUUAAGAGAGACCAACGAACUCUGUUGCACCCUUUGAGCUCUACUCCUAGAAAUUCCGAGUCUUUGCCCGCCAAUUCAAAUACUGUCGCGAACGGUUACGGGUACCAGUUAUUUCAACCGUACGUACUCCAACCUUCCCCACACUAUCAGGCAUAUCAAAACGCACCCGCAAAUUAUAAUAUGCUUGCUCAGCAACAGCAGCAGCAGCAUCACCAACAGCAGGCUCAACAAGGCCAGCGACCGCAGGCUCAACAGACACCACAACAGGGACCCUAUCACUACCAGUAUAAUGUAUUAAGGUUAUCUCAGCCUACUGUCGGGUCACCCACACCGUCUAUCAACAGUUUGACUGGUAGUGCCAACAGUGCGAAUGGAUCAAAUGGUAUCGGCAACCAGAACGGUAGUGGUGUAACAAGUAACAGUACCCUAUCGUUCGGUAUUGGUCAGCCUAGCGACGGAUUAGGCUCGAAUAACAGUUCAAACUCUAGUCUAAGUAGCUCUUCUUCGACAAGCAAUAACAAUAGUACUGGAAGCAAGAGUGUUGCUACCACUACAAACAAUGGUACGACCAAAAAAACGCACUCGCCGCUCAUCUAUGACCUGCGGACAGUAGUCACACCACAUUCUCUCAUAUCAAUCAAUGAUCAGAAACCCGGUAAUGGUAGUAAUAACGGCAGAGGCUCAUUUGUCGCUGGGACGCCACGUUUGGCCAGGAAUGAUAGCACAUCGGAAGCACCUCCACCUCAACAGGUGAACGGUGCAAUGAAUCCAAAGCAUUACGCAGGGACAAACUUCAACAAUGGUAUGGGGAACAACAACAAUGGACAACGAAUGCUGAACCCGGCGCCAUUCCAGCAGCAGUUAUAUUCCAUCCCAAUGAACGGUCCAUACCAAUACCAACAGCAACGCCACCACUCUUAUUCUGGUGCAGUUAUCAAUAAUCCAACACCAGGGUAUUCACUAUCCAACAGUGCGUUAGCGACGUCAUCCAAAUUCCCAUUCGGCGACGAUGCCAAUGGUAAUGGCACUGAUAAUAUUCUUAAAAAGGGCACAGGGGCCAAUGACAUCACUGGUAUUGUGAAUAAUGGUACAAUACCAAGCGAGCAGGACACUUCGAACAAUAAACUGACGAUAACGACGCUGACAAAUUCCGAUAACUCUAGCCCGUCUAACUUUAUCCAUAAAUGUCAUCUUUGUGAGAAAUCGUUCAAGAGGAGAUCUUGGUUGAAGAGACAUUUGUUGUCACAUUCUGCAGAGAGACACUACCUAUGUCCAUGGUGUCUGAGCAGACACAAGAGGAAAGACAAUCUGCUUCAACACAUGAAGUUAAAGCAUUCAAACUAUCUCCUGGAUGAACUGAAAAACGCCAAUGUUAGUUUCAAUUGGGGGACAUAUGACGGUCAGAAUUCCACUGACUCUAUGCCCAAGACACUAUCUGGUUAUCCCGACUCCUCCAUCAAAAAGUUGCUCUAUCGAGGUAUUUUGAACAAAGAUGAUGUCAAAAGAGUCUUGAACAAGAUCAUUGAAAGAAGCAAUUGA